UAAAAUCAAUCCACAUCCCGACAGACAUCCAUUGCCGCUCGCUGAUGAUGAUGGCGACCGGUAAGCUUCCUCCCUCGAUGGGGUAGUCGAUGGGAUACAGGGCUGAGGUUAUUCAUCAUCAAUCGAUUUACUUUAGUGUCAUGGAGCGAUAUCCACCCCGGCCGACAGCACCAUCGACCCACAAUGCAAAUUUGCAAGCCCCACAAAGCAACAGCAACUUUCCUAAACGCUCCUCAUCUGUGCCUGUUCUUGUCUCGACGACCGAGGAAUAUCCUACCGAAAUGGCACGUCUGUGUGAGAUGGGCUUUAAGGACGACCAACGCAACCGUCAAGUUUUAAAACACACACAGGGCCGCAUCGACGCAGCAGUGGAUAUCUUGUCUCGAUUGCCCGGUGCACCCCAGUCACCCGCCAAGCCUGUGUUCUUGACGAACGAACAAAAGAUGCAACGGCUCAGUGAAAUGGGGUAUUCGGAUAUUCCAGAGAACCGCGACGCCUUGCGACGAUCCGGCGGUAACCUGGAAGUCGCUGUUGGGAUUCUUCAGAAUGCACGAAAACCAGCAGCACAAGACAACAGCGUGGCUACUACGAAACCAGAACCAUUGUCCGCAUUUAGUAGCACUACAUCGAAUCAGCAGAAUGAGCCUGCCGGCCGGGCUCAAAACUCGAGCGAAAGACAGAACCAUACCUUGUCUGGAUUGAAGACAGCGGAUCUUUUGAAUCUUUUGGAUGACGGUAGUAGUAAUAAGCCUGCUGCCACAGCUAGCAACCCUUUCCAUCAACCGGCAGCAACUCCCAUGCAACAACAACAGCAACAGCCAUCUUAUUUUGCCACAAGCACAGCAACAAAUCCAUUUGCAUCUUCUUCGUCGUCAUUACAAAUACCCUUCCAACAGCAACAACAACAACAACAACACACCAUGGUACCAUCAUCAUCGUCAUUAUCAUCCUCACCUUUUGCAAAUGCUGGCGUGCCUAGUCAGCCCACUGGCUUUGUGCCAAUGAACAAUGGCUUUUCUCCAAUGGCCAACACGAAUCCUGCUCCUGCUGCUAAUCCAUGGGCUGCUACGAAUGCAGGUGACGUUACUACUACUGCUACAUGCACCUCUUCUAAUCUUAAUCUGCAUACAUCGGUUCGCGCAUUUCUUGCAGCAUGCAGCCACAACACACACACACACAUAUACACACAGGGGGAAGGGGACUGAUCGACCUACGUUACUCAAUUAGUUUCAAAGCAUACACACAGAAAGAAUAAUCAGCGUGUCUUUUACAGGUAUUGAUGAAGCGCCCGUGGUCAAGAAUAUACCUGAUUUAGCGUGUCACCCAUCCAUGCAACAGUCCAAGCCGUUAAACUCGUCUUGGACGUUAAGGCUGGUGAGAAAAUAUAGAGUUUCCGGUUAUCUGACACUUGUCCAAAUGUGCCCGGUGAAUCGGGUACAGCACUCAAAAGGAAAAGCCAAAAAAAAUAGAGGAAAUACGACACUAAAAAGCACCUUCGCAAGGCUGUACAUAGCAGUAAGAAGUAUAUUAGCUCUGAGUUAUAUGUAGCUAUUUAUACUGGGACUUUCUCAAAAGCAGAGUGGACGUGUGUGAUAUAUAUAGCGGUCGGACCAUCGAUAUGUGCAUAUACGCGACAUCACAAAGUGCGCACACACGUCCUUUUCCCUUCUGAAUUUAGAGUCGAGACCAUU